AUGACCAUAGCCAGAAAGCCCAUCCGGCAUCGCGCCAUUCUUGUGACUUUCGGCCCUUCUGAGCCUCGUAGAUGUACAUCGUACCUCAGAGACGUCCUCAGAGCCCUGACUGCACAUGGAAGUCUAGUGGAGGGUGAUGGCGAACAGGCGUCGGCAGACCGUGUCCAUCACUGUAUACUUAGCACUAAGAGUGCUGAAGAAGCUUCCGCACAGUCCAGCAAAACACUGCAUGGCCUUACCGAGGAGAUCAAAGAUGCUGAGGAGAAGAUCACUAUUUACUACGGUGGACAUGCACUGCAGCACCGCCGGUCAGGUUGGUCGUGGCAUGCGGACGCCAAGCAACAAGCUUGUGAAGGCCACUUCCCGUCUUUCGAUCCAGCCCCAGCACUACAGGAGUUCCUGAGGGAAGUCUACAACGAUGUUCUCCUCAUCUUCCACUGCCCCAUCAACAUCUAUCGCCACUUACAAUUCGACCUGUCGCCGUCUGUUCACUUUCCUGACAGGAGUGUCCAGCUUGUUCACCUCAAUAUGCCAUGGUCUGCGAAUACCAAUACCAACACCGGCUGUGAAGUCUCUCACCGUAAGAGCGAGGCCCACCGUUGCUUCGGCGGAGUGGUCGUAAACAUCCCUGAGUUCUCCGAGAGUCCGACCAGACAGUUGGCCAAUCAGCUGCGCACCUACGUUCCCGGAGCAGCCACAGUUCACAACCUACUGGAUGAUCUCACUCACGCAGCCGGAGCCGGUCUACAAGCUCCGUAUUGGAGACCCAUUCUUGGCAAGCCAGAGGACUUCUUCUUGAGCAACGAUGUCACCGUCGAUAGCUAUCAGUCGGCUCUGGAAUCCGCAAGGACGACUCAGCUGAAACGAGACUUUCGUCUGCAUAAAAUGUGCUGUUGGCGGUUGUGA